GUGGAUGUUCAUACGCGAGUUAGUAGUUUCUUAGGAAAAGAUGGUGGCAAUCUGAAGACAACAAAGUUUAGACGUGUCGAAAAAGGAGUGUAACUCUCGGUGCUGCUGUGUAAAUAUCUUCCCAGCAUCGUCAGUACUCCUGUGUCUUCACCAGAUCCAGUUUUCCUGAUGAAAUUAUGAAAUUAAGGAAUUUAAUAUUCGUUCUUCUGGUCGUUGUUACUGUUUCUUUGGAUUUAGUCUUCGGAGCAGCGUGCAAAGGCUGUGCUCCACCAUGUGUGUGUGUCGGACAGAAAGGAUAUACGGGUGAAGCCGGCCUGAGGGGUGUGAGAGGACCUCCAGGAAUGCCCGGAUUUUUGGGACCUGAAGGACCUAUUGGCCCCAAGGGUGGUAAGGGCGAUGAAGGACUUACAGGAGCUAUUGGACCCAAGGGGCUCAGGGGUCAGGAGGGAUUGGCUGGAUUCCAUGGAAACCCUGGUGCUCCGGGACUGAAAGGACUGGAAGGUCCUGUUGGACCUGUAGGCUACCCAGGAUGCAAUGGUACAAAGGGAGAGUCCGGGAAGCCUGGUAGACCAGGUCAGCCAGGUAACCAGGGACGACGAGGUGUUAUUGGACUUCAGGGAUUGAAGGGUGAGCCUGCAGAUGGACAGGUGCUAAUUCCAGGGCCAAAAGGAGAGUCUGGAGAGUCCGGACCACGUGGACAAGAUGGCCAGCCUGGAUACCGUGGAUUGCCUGGAGACCGAGGUUACGAAGGCAACCCUGGAUUACAGGGAAUACCAGGAAAUGAUGGUUUGCCUGGCCCCAAGGGAGACAUGGGUGAGGCAAGGCGUGGACUGAAAGGAGAGCAAGGUGAGGAAGGACACCCUGGACUCGCUGGUGCUCCAGGACUUCCAUCCCAGGAAGGAGUUCCUCCCGGUGAAGUCAUCGUAGGACCUGAUGGUGAGCCAGGAUUCUCGGGACUGCCAGGCCAGAAUGGUCAGCGAGGUCUUCCAGGUGACAUCGGUGAAGAUGGAAUUAAGGGCCCACUAGGUCCCAAGGGGAUGAAGGGUAAUCCUGGUUACCAAGGCAGAAGGGGUAAGCGAGGAAAGGAUGGUCCUGCUGGAGCCUUUGGGCCUAAAGGAAUGGCAGGUGACAAAGGGCGCGUUGGAGUCAGUGGAUUUAAGGGAGUCAAGGGAUUCUCAGGUGACUAUGGAUUUCAAGGUCAGCGCGGAGAUCCUGGACCAAGGGGUCUACCAGGAGAUAUCAUUGGCUCUGGAGAAGGACGUCCUGGACCAAGGGGUAUCUCCGGGGAUCCAGGAGACAUUGGACCAAAAGGCUUUCCAGGUCAGGAUGGAGGAACAGGCCAACAGGGAAGAGUGGGACCUAUUGGACCUCCGGGACCAGAUGGCCUUCCUGGUCUUAGGGGACCACGAGGCUUCUCAGUGAAAGGAGACCAAGGAAUGACUGGUGACCCUGGACCUGACGGUCUGCCUGGAACGUUUGGAGUUUCCGGAGAAACAGGAAGUAUAGGAUUUCCGGGAGAGCCUGGUCGUACUGUUGUUGGUCUUCCUGGUCUCCGCGGGCGACCUGGGCGGGACGGUUUACCUGGACUGACUGGUUUCCCAGGAAGUCCUGGAUUUGCUGGUCUCCCAGGUCUCCCUGGUAUUGGGCGAGAUGUUACUGGACCCCAGGGAGCCAGAGGAUUGGAAGGUGAUCGUGGACUGCCUGGUGACAAUGGAUUUGAUGGUAUAGAUGGUGACUUCGGCUUAAAGGGUGACCGUGGGCAGGACUGUGGGAUUUGUCAGGAUGGACUCCCAGGAAUGAAGGGAGAGUUGGGAGAAAAUGGCUUACCAGGUCUGCCUGGAUUUGAUGGACCCCCAGGAGAGCAGGGUUUGAAAGGACAAGGUGGUAAUAGAGGUCUUCCUGGAUUGUCUGGAUUUAAAGGUCGAAAGGGAGGACAAGGGCCGCCAGGUUUCUCUGGAGGUAAUGGCAUAAAGGGAGACCCUGGUGAUAUCCCUACAUCUUUCACAGAAAGACCCAAAGGUAUGGCUGGUGGGCCAGGCUUUGAUGGAAAUCAGGGACAGGACGGUAGUCCAGGAUUGACUGGAGAGAGAGGACCAGUUGGUUUCCCUGGUGCCCAGGGUAUGAAGGGUGAAAUGGGGAAGUUUGGAAUUGAUGGAUUAGAUGGAAUUGAUGGUAUGAAGGGUUCUAGGGGAAUAAGGGGACAACCAGGCGAUGCUUUCCCAGGCUUUUCAGGAGAAAAUGGAGAGAAGGGAUUUGGUGGCAUUCCAGGACCAAACGGAGCCAAAGGAGUGAUGGGACCUAAAGGAGAACCAGGUCUACCGAUCCUUAUCCCGGGAAUCAAAGGUGAUGUUGGAAUAUCAGGCAGGCCAGGAAUUGACGGCAUGAUGGGCCUUCCAGGUCGCAAAGGUAUGGCUGGAGAUUCGGGAGAUGAUGGCAUUAUUGGGGAGUCUGGUAGGGUUGGUAUCCCAGGAGAUGAUGGGAGAAAUGGAGUUAUUGGAGAGAGGGGACGUAUUGGACCUAAGGGAUACCCUGGUUUGCCUGGACAGGCUGGUCGUGAUGGAAUUCCUGGGGUCAAAGGCCAGCGGGGAGGAAAUGGCAUUGAUGGCUUCCCUGGACUCAAAGGAGACCAAGGCUAUCCCGGUAACACACCCAAUGUCUUGGUACCAGGGUUAAGAGGAGAAUCAGGGUUACCAGGCCUACCAGGAGAAGAUGGAUUCCCAGGAGAGAAUGGCCGAGUGGGAUUCCCAGGACUGGCAGGACUCAAAGGAGGGAAAGGUUUUGCAGGUGUACCAGGUCGCCCAGGCACUCCUGGAUUAUCUGGUCGUCCUGGCGAAAGUGGUUUGUCGGGAAUCAGAGGCCCAGCUGGAAGUCGUGGCCGUGCUGGACAGAAAGGUUUCCCUGGACUGAAUGGUGCCCCGGGUGACGGCGGUCUGCCUGGUAGGAAUGGUGUGGAGGGAGAGAGAGGUGUAACAGGACGGCCAGGAUUACCAGGACCUGAUGGUGAAAAUGGAUUACGAGGAUCUCGAGGAGAAAGAGGGCUGCAGGGACUUCCUGGACUAGCAGGAUUAAAAGGCUUCAAGGGAGAUAUAGGAGGAUCUGGAUUUGAUGGUCAGCCUGGUUCACCUGGGUUGCCAGGUCUCAAAGGUAGAAGAGGAAGUGUAGGGCCUGCAGGGUUUGCUGGUGUCCCCGGCGGUAUUGGACAGUAUGGACCUAAGGGAGAAGCUGGCCUUCCAGGACCUGAUGGUUUCCCGGGCAUCAUGGGACCAGCAGGGUUACCAGGACUUCCUGGGCUGACUGGUGAUCCAGGCCUGAGAGGAUUACCUGGAGCCCCUGGUUUGGACGGUCGGAGGGGAGCCAAUGGGCUGAAGGGCCUGCCUGGUGAGAUUGGUAGCUCCAGGCCAGGCGAGAACGGCCGUGUGGGGAGACCUGGUCCUAAGGGCUUUCCUGGCUUUGAUGGACUGAAGGGUAUAAAGGGACUAAUGGGUGAAAUGGGACGCCCAGGAUUUGAAGGGUUGAAGGGAGAGGCAGGAUUCAAUGGAAUAGAUGGAGAGACGGGCCGUACAGGCAGGCCAGGCAUUAAGGGGGAAAACGGAGAAGAUGGCCGUCCAGGAGUCGGUGGACUUAAAGGAGUAAAGGGACAAGCUGGAGUGGCAGGACUUGCAGGAAGAAGUGGGGGUGUUGGAUCUCCAGGAGAAGUUGGUCCUGCGGGAGAGGAUGGAGCAUUUGGUGGACGUGGUGAUGCAGGUUUCCCAGGAAACCCUGGUCUCGAUGGACUUCCUGGAAUUUCAGGACAGGAUGGUGAUCGUGGUGAGGAUGGUGUUCCUGGUCUGAUCGGGUUACCAGGUGACGAUGGGCUGUCAGGUAUUGUAGGGGAGCGUGGACAGGUUGGAGUUCCAGGAAGGGAUGGUUUUGAUGGCGUACCUGGAGAACCCGGUCGCCCUGGUGAUAUUGGGUUGGAUGGUGUACCCGGUGAGCGUGGUGAAGAUGUCCUUUUUGGUGAUAUCGGACCCAGGGGAGAUCCCGGAGGAAUAGGAGAAGAUGGCUUUCCAGGAGAAAAGGGACCAGUGGGAAACCCCGGACUGCCAGGAUUCCCUGGACUGAAAGGAAUGAGGGGCGAGAAUGGAUUCUCCUACCCAGGGGAGGCAGGGACUAGAGGAGAGCCAGGAUCUCCAGGAUUUGAUGGUUUUGCUGGACAAGAUGGUUUCCAAGGGCGACCUGGACUGAGUGGAUUACCAGGAAUGAAAGGUGAUCGUGGACCUGACGGCAUUCCAGGGGAGACAGGUCGGGUCGGUGACCCAGGUAGAGCAGGAUUUCCAGGAUUGCCUGGUUUGGAUGGUAUGCCAGGAGGUAAGGGAGAGCCUGGUAUUAGAGGGUUCCCAGGGGAAAUUGGCUCUGUUGGAUAUCGAGGAGAAGAUGGAUUACCAGGACUGAGAGGGUUCGAUGGAGAACGUGGAUUUGAUGGAUACAAAGGAGAGCGUGGAGAAGCUGGUGCAGUGGAUUUCACACAGUUACCACGAGCUCCCAAAGGACAGAAGGGACAACCCGGUGAACCAGGAUUGUUCGGUAAUUCUGGUCGUCGAGGAUCCCCAGGUUUUGAAGGAAGGGCAGGUUUGUCCGGAGACAAAGGAUCACCGGGGCUGAACGGUCUUCCAGGUCUAAAAGGCAUGAAGGGAACUCCAGGUGAGGACGGUAUUGUAGGAGAGUCAGGACGUAAUGGAUACCCAGGUGAACCAGGACCCGCAGGAUUACCAGGAAGGUCUGGAGCUCUCGGAGGCUCGGCAGGAUUUUACUUCUCAAUACAUAGUCAGACAUCCCUCACUCCUGAAUGUCCCGAGGGAACCUACAGAAUGUGGGAGGGAUACUCCUUGGUCCAUGUAAUUGGAAAUGGUCGAUCUCACGGCCAGGACCUUGGCUCUCCUGGCAGUUGUCUGAGGAGGUUCAGCACGAUGCCCAUCAUGUUCUGUAAUCUCAACAAUGUGUGUAAUGUAGCAGCCAGGAACGACUACAGUUAUUGGUUGUCGACAGAGGAACCUAUGACCCCCAUGAUGGAGCCAAUCACUGGACCACCUCUACAGAACUACAUCAGUAAAUGUUCCGUCUGUGAAGCGCCCUCAGAGGUGGUAGCCAUCCAUAGUCAGACAGUACAAAUCCCCAACUGUCCAGUCGGAUACAGAGGCAUGUGGAUUGGAUACAGCUUCCUCAUGUCUACUGGAGCAGGAGGUAUGGGAUCAGGUCAGAGUCUCCAGUCCCCAGGAUCUUGUCUCCGUGAUUAUCGUUCAGCUCCGAUGAUCGAGUGUCAUGGCAAGGGAACCUGUAAUUAUUACGCCACAUCAUUUGGUUACUGGUUAGCGACACUCCAGCGCGGAGAUAUAAACUCAUUUUCACAACCGGUACCAGAAACUAUUAAAGCUGGUAGUCUUAGAAAUAGAAUUAGUCGAUGUCAAGUCUGCGUGAGAGGAUAAAGAACGUUGUGAUUUAUAAUUAUUUCUAUUUCGUAUGUUGUAUACUUGUACUUUGGCAAGCAAAAUCUUGACAACUUUAAGCAGGAUUUAAAUUGUAUGCCCAAAAUUUAAAUCAUAACAUUUUAAACAAUUUCUUUUAUCAAUUUUGACUGCCAAAGAAUGACUUUUACAAUAUCUCGGUUUUUUUUUAAACAAUAUAUAUAUUUUUUUUUUAACUUUGCAUCAUCUUUUUGGAUUGUGAAAAAUAUUGUUCACGAUUCAGUUUUGUUCCUGCAUACAGGAGUCAGCAAGUAAAUAUAUUAUCAAAACAUCUUUUUUUCUCUCGUGAAUUCACUACCCAAUAUUAGUGGUUUCAGCUUGUUUAUUGACAAAAACGAUCUUUUAAAAUUCUUAAUGUAUAUUUUGUUGUAUGUAUUGUGUGUCAAAAGAUAUCCAUGUGCCUUGUUCAGAAACACCCUGACAUAAGUUUUCUGAUUCCUCAAGUAACCAUUAUGAAUUCCCCUGAUGAUCGACACAGAAUCCAUACAGGUUAGAAGGUACUUUUACCUCUCAUCAAAAAGUGGAUUCUUCCAGUCCAUGAUCAGGAGGAUGUCAUUGUGGGAAAAAGGGGGGAUAAAGUUAAUAAUGUACUGAUUUCAUAAUGGUGCUAGCAUGUAUUUAGAUAGCUGUGAAUGUAUCAAUAUCUAUGUUCUUACCUGGUAUUGUCUUUGUGUAUGAGAGGAUUAUUGUGUGCAUUUAAGAAGAAUUACAGAACAAAUCACUUUAUGUGUCCCUCAUUGUCAGAUAAAAAAUAGCUCAAGAUCCUCAAAAUGUUUGCAGACUAUGGAUGAUCAAUGGACAUACUUUGUUUGAGAUAUCAUGAAGUUCCUAUGCAAUGUUCCCAAGGGACCGCUUUGAUUUAGUUUAUGUAGCUACAUUGCAGUGCCUAACAUGAAUAUAUCGGACAUCGGGGCAAUAAAUUUUAAAAUUUUGAGGUUUAAGAUAAUAUUCAUUUAAUUAGUUAUAUUUUUUUCUGUAAAAAUAUGAUAAGAUGUCAUUGAUAUUCUAAAGAUAUUCUCCCACAGGGCUUCUGUAACUUGUUUUCAUUGUGCUACAAGAUGAUCCAUCUGUAAUGUUAAAGUUUUUGUCUGCGGUUCUUGGUUCACAAAGUUGUCAUUCCAUGGGGAAGAUUACUGGGUAUGAUAUUAUCUACUCAGUUUUGUUGCAAUAAAUUUCAAGGAUAACUUUCCUCUUGUGAGGUCAAAAGCAUGACUAACAAGAUGUUUGGUGUUGACCUUGGAGAGGAGAAUGACCUUCAAAUAAGUUCUAGUCAAGCAUAUGUUCCCCAACCAAGAACCCCAAACAUAAUCUUGUCACCGUUGACUUCCACCUGACUAUGACUCGGUCAGUUUAAGGUACAAUCUUUGUGGGGUUACCAUGACCCGACCAGUUUAAGGAACGAUCUUUGUGGGGUUGGGAUGACCUGGUGUAAGUCAUUAUAUGUAAACAUCGACAGAUAAUUAAGUACUUUUAGAGUAUGAAAACGAAUUGUUCUUAACAGUAAAAGCGUUAGCUUAUCUUGGCAAAGUUUACAUGUCAAAUUGUGAUUUUUUUAGGCUUUAAUAAAACUAUUGAAUUAAG